AUGAAAAAACUUUUGCUGAUAUUACUACUUAUAGGAGUCGCGAGUUUCGGCUGUCGGCAGGAACAGGUCAUCACUCAACUUGAGGUCGGAAGAAGUAAGUUGCUAAAUGCAGGACUCUCGCUGGAAGCCGUUGGGCAUCUUGAGCGUGCUGAACACGAAGAGAAAAAUAAGGUUGAACCUCGUGCACUUCUGAUUCUUGCUUAUAGCAACGCUAUUUCAACGGGUGCUGCUAAAACCCACAAUGUAGAAGCCAGAUACCAAACCGAACGUGACCGCCGUGUCGGUGAAUUGGGCGAGUUUGAGAUGAAGAAAAUCCUGCAGAUCCUCGGAGAACGACACAGGGUACAGAAGGAUGCUAUCCAGGUUCUCGUUGAUAAGGGGGCACCAGCAGUGCCUUUCGUUUUGGAAGACCUCGUUAAAGAUCGGUAUCACAGUGUCCACGACGACUUUAUUCAAAUCUUGCAGGAAAUCGGCAGCCCAGCUAUUAACGACAUCCUGAAGGCAGCUGGUGAUAGCAAUACACCACCCAGUGUGAAGAUUUUGCUUGUCCGUAUUGUCGGGAGUAUAGGGGACGCAUCCGCCGCCACUGGGUUAGAAGCACUCCAAAAUGCAACCACUGAUGAAGGGUUGAAGAUGGAAGUUAACACCGCACUUUAUCUGCUCGGCGACGGAGGCUCUGAAGGGAAAAUCGUCGAGGGCUUGACCGAUGCGAACCCGACUGUCCGGCGAGCCGCCGCGAAAUCUAUGAUGUUCCUCAAAGAACAUCCAACCGACAAGCUGGUUGCUGCGCUUGGCGAUUCCGAUGACACUGUACGUAUGGACGUUGCUAAAGCACUGCGGAAAUAUCCUGACGCAGGGGCUGUUGACGGUCUCGUCGCAAUCCUCACAGACGGUUCGAGUCUCAGUACCAAGCAAGUCGCUAUUGAUACUUUGAACCAAUACGCCGAAAAUGGAAUGGCGGAUGGAUUAGCUGGACGUUUAAUCGUCUUGUUAGCCAAUCCUGAGGUCGUUAAUCAUGAAGACAGGCUCCGUAUCGUUCAACUUCUUAAGAAACCUGCUUUGGUAAAGCAGAUUGAGGAGGCUGACCAGUACGAUAAUUUGCCCCAUAAGCUUGACCUUUACUUCAGGGAGACCGAAACCAACGAUAUGGUGAAAGACGCACUCAAUGAACUGCUCCUUGCACUUGAGCCGGGAGAAGAUCUUGAGUCGGAAGAUUAA